AUGCCACGCAAGAAGAGCAAGAAGGUCGACCUGAUUGACGAGGAAGGGGACAACCUCGGGUUUGAGCUGGACAAGGAGUUUGAGAAGCGCUUCGAGUACAACCAGAAGCGCAAGGAGCUGCAUCGUCUGCAGGAGAAGUAUGGCGACACGGCAGACCUGGAGUCCUCCGACGAGGAGAGCGAAGAUGAGGAUGCCGAAGCCGACACGCCCGCAACUGAGCGAGGCUUCCUGCGCACACUGUCCCUGCUGAAGGGCAACGUCCCACAGCUCUUGGACACAAAGGAGCCGCUGUAUGAGGAGGACGACAGCCAGGAGGGCGGUGAUGGCGAUAACGAUGACGAAGAGAAGAAUGAGAAAAAGAAGAAGAAGAAGGAUAAGCCGAUGACCCUGAAGGAUCACGAGCGCAGGCGGAUAUUGACGCGUCAGACGGAUGCCAUGCUCAGUGACGACGAUGAGGAGGAAAUUGGCAAGGCCACCGGUGAAAACGCAGACGACCUUCGCACACAGUUUGCCCUCGAAGGCGGUGAUGAUGACGACGACGUGGAUGCCCUGCUGCAGAAGAAGGAAAUAUCCACGGAGGAAAAGGAGAAGCAGCAAGCAGACUACCUGGAGUGGCUGCAAGGCAGAGAGAUUGAGCUGAACCGCAAGAUGAAAGCGGAGCUGCAGCCGCUGCGGCGGUACUGGACAGACAACACGCUGAGCAGCGAGGACAAGUUUCUUCGGGAUUACAUCACGCGCCGCAUGUGGCGCAAUGACGGCGGAGAGGACGACGACACCAUCAAUUACUUUGACCCGGAGGUUGACAACGAGGACGAUGAGCACGUUGAGCGGACGGAGGAGUACGAGAGGCAAUACAACUUCCGCUUCGAGGAGCCGGGCGCCACUGAGAUCAAGUCGUACCCGCGCGUCAUUGCGGCGUCUGCUCGACGCGAAAAGGAUACGCGCAAGGCCGCCCGCCAGCGCAAGAAGGAGCGCAAGGAGCUGGAGAAGAAGCAGAAGGAGGAGGAAAUCAGCCGGCUGAAGAAGCUCAAGCGCGAGCAGAUUAAGGCCAAGCUGCGCCAAAUUGCAGAGAUCAGCGGACACGACCCCGCGGCGCUGGAAGGCCUCGACUUGGACCUCGAUGCCGAAUUCGAUCCAGACAAAUUCAACCAGCAGCUCGAGAAACUAUUCAACGACGACUACUAUGGGGACGAGGAGAAGAAGAAACCAAAGCUGCCUGAGGAUGUGGACGCAGCCGUGUUUGACGACGCAUACCCGCCCGUCCCCGAAGCCGGCGAGGGCUAUGGUGAAGAGGGCGGCGAGGCCUACGAGGGCUAUGGUGAAGAGGGGUAUGAGGGCCAUGGUGAAGAGGGGUAUGAGGGCGGUGCAGACGGAUAUGAGGGCCAUGGUGAAGAGGGGUAUGAUGGUGGCGAUGGCAGCUUUGCACCUGUACCGGAGGGCGAGGCAGCGACCACCGCUGUUUCGCUCGAGGAAGGCGCAAAGACUCUCCAGCACCUCAGCAAGCGACAGCGGAAGAAGCUUGAGCGGCAGCGGCGGCGGGAGGCGAAGCAGAAGGCGAAGAAGGGCGUGAUCACCGAUUUGCAGACGCAGGACGAUGUACACGUCGACGACACCAAGACGGUGAACGACUAG